UGUGCAGCCAAUCAGCUUGCCUCGGCCGACGCCGACUUGGUACGCCACGAUCCUUGCGGCGCAGCAAGGUGACGUUGAACUUGACGUUCUUUGAUGACCCAGGCUCUCACUCCACCUCUGCGCUUUCGCAUCAGCAGACUUGCGCUGCCCCAACGCCCUUCCCUAUACAAAGCACCGUCCACCAGAGCUCGUGGCUCGCAAACAGAACAUAUUCUCGACCGCGUCUACCGACAGCCCUACCCAACCACCGUCUCAGCCUCAUCGCCGGUCUGCUACACCCUCGCACGCAGAUGCCCGACAUGGCCACCUGGAAGUCCAACUCGACCGGCGGAUCGAGUCAGACUAGCAAAGCCAGCGCCCUCUUUGGGCUCGACGAGGAUGACAAAACCAAUAUCCUCGUGUAUAGGUACCGCUCGGGCUGCAAAGCGCUCGAGGUAUCUACCCAGCAUGACCUGUGUCGCGAGCUAGAUAACGAUCCGCAGUUGCCUUUCAUGCGUGUCACCAAGAAGGAGAUCCCUCGAGGCAACAGCCGCUUGGAGAUUCGCACCGAGGAUCUCCUCUUGCCUGAGGACCUCGAGCGCAACCGCGACAAGCCCACGCUAAAAUCCUCGCUCGCCAACGUUGGCUUGCCAUCCACGGCCUACUGGAAACGCCUUCUCUUCAACUCGUUUCCAGAGCUUUACAUCGUCCACCGCUCGCCGACAACCAGUCCUGCGAGUUCAAAAAACAACUCGCCCGAGAACUCACAGCACGUGAGCCCCGCCACGACCUUCCCCGUCGACACGCCACAUCCCUCGCAGGACCCGACGGAGUCGUGAUCUCUCGCUGUGGGGUUGGCCAGACCGCAGCUAUCGUUGGCAUGGCUGGACUGUCGCACUGUUUGCGGUCGGCUUGUCUCAUUCGCCUUGACUCAUCGCCUCAAUCACCAAUCGAGGUGGUGCUAGCCGCAUUUGUGCGCACCCAUCAACCAUCCGCAACACCAUAGCAUUCCUUUAACAUACGUCUUUCCUUAUGAUACCCAACGCUCCCGAGUUAGCGAACGGCGUUGGUCAGGCGUUAUUCUCUUAUGGUAGACUCCAGCUAUCAUUUCCAUUUGUCGUAAGGCGUUUCGCUGGUUCAAAAAAUGUCUUCCCAGCGCGAACAGACAGCCCUUGGGCGGGUUAUAUCAGGCGAUUGA